AUGUUCCCUACACGCGCGCUUUUCGGCCGCUCGGUCUGGAAAGGCCCAAACAUCGUCCCGUACCCUCCCUCUCCCGCGGACUCUCCCCCUCCUCCGAACACACCCCCCAUCCGCACCACGAAACGCGCAGCAACCAUCCUGCCCAACUUUGUCGGUCUGCGCUUUGCUGUGCACAAUGGAAAGACAUAUGUUGAGAUCCAGGUGACGGAGGAGAUGGUUGGACGCAAGCUUGGAGAAUAUGUUGCGUAUGUGAACCUUUUGCUACCUUUGCAAAUUCCCCGGCUCGACUUCGACAUGCUUGAUAGACAGACACGCAAGCGCUUCACAUACAAGCAGUCUAAGAACAAAUAG